UCACUGCCGCUGCCGCCGCCGUCUCCUCCGCUCCACCAAGAUGCCCGGGCAGCGGCGGGGACGCUGCCGCAGUCCGCUGGUACCAGCCCACCUUCCCUGCUUUCUGAUGCUGAACCCAGAUCGUUUUAACUAAAGAUGGAAACACUGGAGUCAGAAUUAACCUGCCCAAUCUGCCUGGAGUUGUUUGAGGACCCCCUCUUGCUGCCGUGUGCCCACAGCCUCUGCUUCAGCUGCGCCCACCGCAUCUUGGUGUCCAGCUGCUCUUCCAGCGAGUCCAUUGAACCCCUCUCUGCCUUCCAGUGCCCCACGUGCCGCUAUGUCAUCUCCCUCAACCACCGGGGCCUGGAGGGCCUCAAGAGGAAUGUGACCCUGCAGAACAUCAUUGACCGCUUCCAGAAGGCAUCCUUGAGCGGGCCCAACUCCCCCAGCGAGAGCCGCCGCGAGCGGACGUACCACAACAGCCCAACCAUGUCGGUGGCCAGCGAGAGGAUCGCCUGCCAGUUCUGUGAGCAGGACCCGCCACGGGACGCAGUGAAGACCUGCAUCACCUGCGAGGUGUCCUACUGCGACCGCUGCCUACGUGCCACGCAUCCCAACAAGAAGCCCUUCACCAGCCACCGGCUGGUGGAGCCUGUGCCCGAUGCCCACUUCCGAGGGCUCACGUGCCUGGAGCACGAGAACGAGAAGGUGAACAUGUACUGUGUUGCUGACGACCAGCUCAUCUGUGCCUUAUGCAAACUGGUGGGGCGCCACCGGGACCACCAAGUGGCGUCCCUCAGCGAUCGCUUCGAGAAGCUGAAGCAAACUCUGGAGACAAACCUCACCAACCUGGUGAAGCGCAACAGUGAACUGGAGAACCAGAUGGCCAAGCUCAUACAGAUCUGCCAGCAAGUGGAGGUGAACACAGCCAUGCAUGAGGCCAAGCUGAUGGAGGAGUGUGACGAGCUCAUGGAGAUCAUCCGCCAGCGCAAGCAGGUCAUUGCUGUCAAGAUCAAGGAGACAAAGGUGAUGAAACUGCGGAAGCUGGCCCAGCAGGUCGCCAACUGCCGGCAGUGCCUGGAGCGCUCCACGGUCCUCAUCAACCAGGCAGAGCACAUCAUGAAGGAGAACGAUCAUGCACGGUUCCUGCAGACAGCCAGAAACGUAGCUGAGAGGGUCGCCAUGGCAACCGCCUCCUCCCAAGUUCUGAUACCAGAUAUCAAUUUUAAUGAUGCCUUUGAAAACUUUGCUUUGGAUUUUUCCAGAGAGAAGAAGCUGCUGGAGGGGCUGGAUUACCUGACAGCGCCGAAUCCGCCAUCAGUGCGGGAGGAGCUCUGCACGGCCUCCCAUGACACCAUCACUGUGCACUGGAUGUCAGAGGAUGAGUUCAGUGUCAGCUCCUACGAGCUGCAGUAUACCAUCUUCACCGGCCAGGCCAACUUCAUCAGUCUCUACAACUCCAUGGACAGCUGGAUGAUUGUCCCCAACAUCAAGCAGAACCACUACACGGUCCACGGGCUCCAGAGCGGCACCCGCUACAUCUUCCUUGUCAAGGCCAUUAACCAGGCGGGCAGCCGGAACAGUGAACCUGCCCGGCUCAAGACGAACAGUCAGCCUUUCAAGCUGGACCCCAAGAUGGCCCACAAGAAGUUGAAGAUCUCCAAUGAUGGGCUGCAGAUGGAGAAGGACGAGAGCUCCUUGAAGAAGAGCCACACACCCGAGAGGUUCAGCGGGACAGGAUGCUAUGGAGCAGCGGGAAACGUCUUCAUUGACAGCGGCUGUCACUACUGGGAGGUGGUGGUGGGAUCCUCAACCUGGUAUGCCAUUGGUGUGGCGUACAAGUCAGCCCCCAAGAACGAGUGGAUUGGGAAGAACUCUUCGUCAUGGGUCUUCUCCCGCUGCAACAACAACUUCAUGGUGAGGCACAAUAACAAGGAGAUGCUGGUGGAGGUGCACCCGCAGAUGAAGCGCCUUGGCGUCCUCCUGGAUUACGACAACAAUGCGCUCUCCUUCUAUGACCCGGCCAACUCUCUGCACCUCCACACCUUUGAAGUCUCCUUCAUCCUGCCCGUGUGCCCGACCUUCACCAUCUGGAACAAGUCCCUGAUGAUUCUCUCGGGUCUGCCUGCCCCGGACUUCAUCGAUUACCCAGAGCAGCAGGAGUGUAACUGCAGGCCCCAGGAGUCCCCAUACGUAUCAGGGAUGAAAGCCUGUCACUAGGCUGCCCUGUCCUGCCCGCAGCGCUGGCAGUGCUGGUGAUGCCAGUGGUCAGAUCCUGCUCCUACAGGCCAGCACCUCCCACACGCAGCUCGAUGAAUCCGUUUUAAGGGGAAAGAGGAAGAACCACUGCCCACUACAAACCAAACUGCUCGUGGUGAGCUCCACCUGCGUCUUCCCAGGCAGAUUGUCACCCAAUGGCUUCUCCUCUCCUGGGGGUUGGAAAGGCUGGGGUGGGUUGUCAAGUGACAUUCUGAGGUGCUGCAGUGGUCGAGGGGGACAGCUCAUGUGUCUGCAAGGCCCAGGUUGGAGCAGCAGGGGUUUGCGCCCUGGAGCCCAAUGGUAGCUUGUCUCAAGAGCCAGGCAGGACCCGAGCAUUGCUCUCUGGGGAGGAUUUUCUGUUUGGCUGGUGUUGGGCAGCGUCUGUGGCGUGGUGGUCAAAUGUACGGCCCCCUCAUGCUUGGGGAGCAGUAUGGUGGUGGCGUGGUCAUGGUGGUGAUGAGCUGGAUUGUGGUGAUGCACUGGAUGGUGAUGAGUGGAGUCAGGGACCCCCCUUGGGGAGCACGCUGAGAGCACAUUGCCCCCAGCACAGAGGUUUGACAGAUGCCCCUUCCCAGCACAGGGUCUGGCCCUGCCAUGUGCUGCUCUAUGUGAACCUCCAUGAGGUUCAUGUGUGGUAUCCAUGCAGAAAAAACACAUUGCCUCAUGCUGAGUAGAUGUUCACAUCCUGCCCAGAGACCAUCUCUAUGCUCUGUGACCCCAAAUCGCAGUUUAUGACCCCAAAUCUUGUCUCUUGGUCUGUUCUCGGCCAUGGUGUUAGUGUGGAACCAUCCUGUUCACCCUGUGGCAAAGGACUGAUUCUGUUCCAGGGGCUCUAGCCUCCCCUGGUUACUGGGAGUACUUUGGCUGCCAGCAGUGCUCCCAGUCACCACAAGCACCAAGUCCUGUGGCCAAGCUUCCAUUCCCACAUUUGUUUAAAAGCCAGGAGGAGCUGGGCCAGGCACAUGGGGUCAAAGAGUCAGUGUGGGUACCUGCAGCCAGGAUCCAUGAUGUGAUUUGGGGUGUGUGAUGUCCAUGUUGCACGCACAGCAGCAGAUGCCAGGGGAAGAGGUCAGGUAGCAUGAGCAGCCAGAGCCAGGCUGGUGCUUGAGCUUUGGUCUGUGGUGUUAGAAAACCCAGUUUUCUCCUCUGGAUAUGGCUGCCUCGGUGGCAGUUCAUGGGGUCAGCCAGUCUGAGACCUCCAAGCCCUGCCGGCCUUUCCUUUUCCUGGACCCGGCAGAUGAGGAUCUACCUCAGAGCACAGCCCUGGGUGGGGGUCCCAGCUCCAAUGGGGCAGCAGCACUUCGGAGCUUGUCCCCUACUAGCUGGGACAGGCUGGUUGAUGUGGUUGGAGCCAGUUACCCCUGCCCAGGAGCGGGUGCACCCCCGGUGCCCUGGCUGGGGGAGCACAUGGCACAAAGCCUGGUGCUGACAGCUGACAGGAGGCCGCUUUGUCCAGGGUCAGUGUGUGUGAAGAGCCUGUUUCCCAGCACAGCACCCACUGCUGAUGGUUUUGCUGACAGGCUGUAGGGAGAGAGCUGUGGGAUGGGACCUGGCCCCAGCACUGCCAUGUUCCUUCUGACCCAGGCUGCCUUCCAAGGCGCAUCCCUCCUGCAUGGAUGGAGCAGUUCCAUGUGCUUCCCUCAGAUGCAGCUGGGUCAUGCUGCAUGCUCCCCAUGGCUGAGCACACACACAGAGUUCAUGGUAAGAGGAUAAGUUGCCCUUUUCAGUUGGAUGUUUUUCAGACACACGGGGCCGUUGUGCAAGUCUGUUCCCUGUGUGCUGAUCCCACACGGGGCUGCUCUUAACAUGGCAACCUCAAGCAAAUGCCCAAGCACUGGAGAUGGAUUUUAGCAUUUGCAAUCAGGUGCCGAGCUUGGCCCUUGCAUCCUUUGACUGGCUGGUUGCUGGAGGACUCAGCGUGCCCAGUAACUCAGAGCACACGAGCCAUUAAUGUGAUGUUUUGCACCUGAUGAAAUUGCACUAAUCGUGGUGGGGUUCCCCCUGCCUUCACACAUGGCUCACAGGGGACAGAGCAGGGGGUUCGCACCGGGCAGGGGAUGGAGCGGGGGGCUCACACCAUGAGCACACAGCUCUGGGGCUCACCCACAGUGUCCUCUCCAAGUCUUGGAGCCACAAAACCCACAUGGGUGUCACCAGAGGGUGAGUGAGUGGCCCCGUCCCUGGUCCCCACUCUGAUGAUGCUCCCCAGGUGCUGCCCCCGGCCCAUGAGCGCCCAUGGUUCUGGUGCUGUGGGCCGGGGGUAUGAGUGAACCCAUUCCCCACAUGGACACGGGUGGGGACCUGGGACUGCUGGGUGCUCCUCUGCUCCUGGUGACACCAUGGUGUGCACUUGGGCUGUGGUGAGCUCCCGGCUCCCAUCAGCCUCCCCUUACCAUCUGUACCAUUCCUGUUCUGCUUUGAUUUGGGGGAGGGUUGUUCUUAAGUUACAGUUUUUCCCCUUUUCUGUUGGUUGUUAUUUUUUUGCAACUUCUUUGUUAAUGUGUACAUAUAUAUAUAUAAAAUAUAAUAUAAUAUAUAUA